ACGGCGACUUGACUUUGGACUCAAUACGCGUAUCCUGAAAUCCCUGGAGUCAAUCCCUUCACACAUGUAUAUACAACAAGAGCUACGUUUCAAAGUCAUGCUUCCAAUCCAUUCCAGACACUUUCUCUGAAGCCAUGGCCGCCUGGACUGGCAGAGCUUCUAGUAGCAACUCUACUCUCUUGCCUUUGUUAGUGAUUUUCGUGUUGGGUUUGGCUUGUCGGAGCUGUGACGGGUUCGGGACGUUCGGGUUUAAUUUCCACCACCGGUUCUCGGAUCCCGUCACCGGAAUUCUCGGCUACGAUGAACUCCCACAAAAGGGGAGUCCUGAAUAUUACGCUGCCAUAACCCACCGUGACCGGUUGAUCCGGGGCCGCCACCUCGGCGAAACGAAGACGCCGCUUACUUUCGUUUACGGCAACGAGACUUACCGGAUUCCCGCUUUUGGACACUUGCAUUAUGCGAAUGUUUCUGUUGGGACUCCAAGGACUUCGUAUCUUGUGGCUUUGGAUACAGGCAGUGAUUUAUUGUGGUUGCCGUGUGAUUGUAUCAGUUGUGUGAAGGGGGUUGAUACAUCACAUGGAGAGUUGGAUUUUGACAUUUACAGCCCGAAUAAAUCAACAACAAGCAAAAAGGUUCCUUGCAACAGCACAUAUUGCGAACAACAACAGCUGUGCUCUUCACCAAGUAGUGAUUGUCCUUAUUUUAUUAACUAUCUUUCUGCUAGCACUUCAUCUUCUGGAAUCGUAGUAGAGGACGUUUUGCACUUGACUACUGAUGAUGCUAAACUAAAAGGUGUCAAGGCGCCGAUAGCCUUUGGGUGUGGUAGGUAUCAGACUGGUACAUUUUUAAGUGGGGCAGCUCCCAAUGGUUUAUUAGGGCUUGGUAUGGAUGGUGUAUCCAUUCCUAGCAUGUUAGCAAAACAGGGGCUUGCUUCAAAUUCUUUUUCCAUGUGUUUUGGAAUUAACGGAACUGGUAGGAUCAGAUUUGGUGAUAAUGGAAGUGUAGACCAACCAGAAACACCAUUCUAUGUCGGAGAUAAAUAUCCAACUUACAACAUUACUGUUACUCAAAUAGCCAUUAAUAAAAGUGUUGCUGAUCUUGAUUUCUAUGCGAUUUGGGAUUCUGGUACCUCAUUUACGUACCUAAAUGAUCCAGCUUACACCCAGAUUUCUAAUAGUUUCAACAGCGCCAUCAAAGAUAAGCGGGCUACCGAUAAUUCUGAUCUCCCUUUUGAAUAUUGUUAUACAGUCAGACCAAAUCAAACGUUGAAUUUGAUAAUGAAAGGCGGAAAGCAAUAUAAUGUUAUUCAUCCACUUGUAGUUCUUUUGGAUGAGGAAGGAAAUAUACUGUUCUAUUGUCUGGGUGUUGUCAAAAGUGAAGAUGUAAAUAUAAUUGGGCAAAACUUCAUGACUGGUUACCGUAUAAUUUUUGAUCGCGAGAAGAUGGUUAUGGGUUGGACAGAGUCUGAUUGUUACCAUGAUGAGGAAACCUCAACUCUUCCUAUCAAUCCAUCCAAAUCUCCAGCCGCAUCCCCCACGGUCUAUCCAGAAGCAACAGUUAACACCACUUCUAAGAUACCAUCAGCCUCAUCACCAAGUGAUUCACCGAAAUUGAACUCUUUUACUUGUGCACUCCUCAUGGUUCUUUCUGCAAUUUUUGCCACUGUUUAAUUAUUCUUUAUGGGUGCCAAGGUUUUAUCGACCCUGUAUCAUAUGUAUUCAUAAUCAUAGGCAUUUGUUCCGGGUACAAUACACAGAAAACUGGAAAUUGACUUCAAAUUUUUGGUAUACAAAACUGACGUCAACGCCGGGUUAUACA